AAAAUCAAGCCUUGAUAAUUUUUACAUAGAAGAAUGAAAAAAUAAAAAUAAAAAUAAAAUUGAAAUGUAUAAAAUACCAUAAUCUUAAAUGUUAAAGUAACAAGGAUAGUAUAAUCUUCGCAAAUGUUAACACCCGUAACAAUCCUUUAUCUAGUACAGUUAAUGAGAAAAUGAGGCUCUAUAUAAGAAAAAUGAGUUACUUUUAUAAAAGAUGGACACAGAACAUUAGUCUAUUAUUCUUGUAGGUUGGAGGUGGUGUUCAUCUCGUGACCACACUCCCAACACAAACAACUCCCUAACAUUAUUUGAUGUCCUGUUACAGGAUCUACUCGGAGUAGGGGACUAUGGAUUGCUUUAGGCACAUUAGCAGCUGUGGCAGUGAUGAUGACUUUUUCCAUAAUUACAAUAUAUCUCACUAGAAGAGAAGGUUCUUUUGGUGCUGUCAUAGCAAUGACCUUAAGGCUGAAGAAAUCGCAGCAUGUUGGUAGGGUUAAAACAUUUAUGAUGGACUAUCAUUCUCUUAUUCCAAAGCGUUAUUCGUAUUCAGAGAUCAAGAAAAUAACCAACUCAUUCGUCUAUACACUAGGCCAGGGAGGAUUUGGUAAUGUAUACAGAGGAAAGUUACCAGAUGACGGUCGUCUUGUAGCUGUAAAAGUCCUAAAAGAGUCCAAAGGUGAUGGAGAAGAGUUCAUGAAUGAAGUUGCAAGCAUCAGUAGAACUUCCCACGUGAAUGUAGUUAACCUUUUGGGCUUCUGCUACGAGAGGAAUAAAAGAGCUUUGAUUUAUGAAUUCAUGCCCAAUGGAUCUUUAGAUAGCUUCCUAUCUGAUAAAGGAUCCCCACAUACAAACUAUCGUUUAGAAUGGAAAAAAUUAUAUGAAAUUGCAGUUGGUAUUGCUAGAGGUCUGGAGUACUUGCAUAGAGGGUGUAACACUCGGAUUGUGCAUUUUGACAUAAAGCCUCACAACAUUCUUCUCGAUGAAGACUUUUGUCCAAAGAUCUCAGAUUUUGGUCUCGCGAAGCUAUGCCAGAGCAAAGUAAGUAAGAUCUCGAUGAUAGGUGCCAGAGGAACUGUUGGUUACAUAGCGCCUGAAGUAUUCUGCAGAAAUUUUGGAGGAGUAACUUACAAGUCUGAUGUGUAUAGUUAUGGGAUGAUGGUUCUUGAAAUGGUCGGACAAAGUAAAGAUUUUGAUAUGGGAUCGGUGGAAACCAACGAGUUGUAUUUCCCGGAUUGGUUUUAUAUGUAUCUUGAUCCAGGAGAGAUUUCAACAUUUCAUGAAGGUAUAACGGAGGAGGAAAAAGAGAUUGUUAAAAAGAUGAUUUUAGUGGGUUUGUGGUGCAUCCAAAGCAUGCCGUCACAUAGACCAUCAAUGACAAAGGUUGUAGAGAUGUUUGAAGGCAGUCUUCAGUCUUUGCAAAUUCCACCGAGACCUUCCCUUUCCUCUCCUAGAAGGUCCGCUCAAGAUCACUCUUCCAAUGUAUCAUCACUGCCUUGCGUGUCGUCCCAGGGGGGUGGGGUAAAUACAUUGUCUGCAGAUGAAAGUGACUUGUAACUGGAAAUUGCAAAUUUUAUUUAGCCUUAUAAAAAUAAAAAACAAACCUAUAUUUGUUCUUCAUCUAGGUGCUUCUCUUGGUUGAAUUAAUUUUUCUAUGAUAUAGCUCUUGCACGGGAGGAAACUCUCUCAGUGCUGGUAAGAGACACUAUCCUCUCACCUUCAUAUUUUUUUGUUCAUGAUGUUUACAAAUUCUAGUAUGUACUUGAUGUUCAACAUGUGGGAAGUGUAGAAUUGAUUUGUUCCUGCUUGUUUGUCAUUGUUUAUAAUUUCAAAGUUUAGAUGCAA